GUGGCAGUGUCCAACAGUCACAGCAGCAUGUGCUCGUGUGAGAUCUCAACUAGCAAAGUGUUCUCUCUGGAUGCCAUGAUUCAACACUGAACAAAAACCCCAUUGCCUAGCAUAUCUAGCCCACCAGUAGGGCUUGCCGUCUCUGUGUUCAGAUUCACGGGGCCCCUUUCCUGUGUUGCACCACACCAUGCUGGGGCUGGAGGGAAACGACAGUGCUGUCCUCAGCAGUGUCACCGACGCCGACGGCGCGAACUGCACGGGCCUGUACGACCACCGCGGCGUGGCGCGCGUGCUCAUGCCGCUGCACUACACGCUGGUGUUCGCCCUGGGCCUGCUGGGCAACAGCCUGGCGCUGCACGUCAUCUGGGCGCAGCGCAGCUCCAAGAUCAACGCCACCACGCUCUACUCGGCCAACCUGGCGGCGUCCGACGUGCUGUUCGCGCUCUCGCUGCCGCUGCGGGCGCUCUACUACGCGCUGGGCUUCCACUGGCCGCUGGGCGAGGCGGCGUGCAAGGUCAGCGGCGCGCUCUUCUACGUCAACACGUACGCCGGCGUCAACUUCAUGACGUGCCUGGCGCUGGACCGCAUGGUGGCGGUGGUGGGCCCGCGGGGGCGGCUGGCGCGGCUCCGCCAGGUGGGCACCGUGCGCUGGGUGUGCCUGGGCGUCUGGCUGCUGGUGGCCGCCCAGGCGCUCCCCCUGCUGGCCAUGCGGAUGACGCGCGCCGAGCCCGACGGCAGCGUCUCCUGCAUGGAGUACCCGAGCCUGGAGGCGAGCGCGGGCGAGACGCUGCCCCACACGCUCAUCGGCGCCGUCGCCCUGGGGUACGGCGCGCCCGUGGUCACGAUCGUGGCGUGCUACUCGGUGCUGUGGCACAAGCUCCGCAGCGUCAGCCGCGACAGCCAGCUGGGCGUGCGCUCGGGCCGCAGCCAGAAGGCCAUGGGCGUGACGGCGGGGGUGGUGCUGGUCUUUCUCGUCUGCUUCACGCCGUACCACCUGAACCUGCUCCAGUACAUGAUCCGGAAGCUUCUGUACCGCCCUAGCUGCGACGAGCUGCGCUCUUUCCAGGUGUCGCUGCACGUCACCGUCUGCCUCAUGAACUUCAACUCCUGCCUGGAUCCCUUCGUCUACUUCUUCGCCUGCCAGGGCUACAAGCGCAAGGUGCUAACGCUGUUCAAGAGCAAGGCCUUGUUAUCCAGAAGCAUAUACUCCUCCCCCGACAGCUCCUGCUCCAAUCCAAACCGCCACAGUCUCCGCGUGCGCCUCAAUAGCACCAGGGACAAGGACAUGGAAAGGGACAAGGACAAAGACAAGGAUAAAGACAAGGACAAGGACGAGUCACUGUGAUGGUCACAGAACUCAAUCUGGGUCCCAUCCAAAACAGCCUGGAGUAUAUUGCGUUCGCUCUACCUGAUGACGCUUGUUUUCUCUACUGAUGCUGAUUGUUUAUGAUAUCGGGCAUACAGUAAAUCCAUUUUUAUGGUGCAGAACUGACUGAACACAGGACAAUAAUUUGCCAGUGACGGCUAAAUGCUCCACCAUAUUUGGACAAACAUCAUCCAACAUUCUUUGUUAGGCCUUCAGAGUGAAAGUGAGGGUACAAAAGCUCAAAGAGAAUUCGUUGCAUUUUCUUGUUUGUGUGUUUCCAUUUUGAAUUUCUAUUAAAGAUUACAUGUGAAUCUACAAAAGCAAGCUCACCGAGUCUAAGAGGGAAAGAGGACCUGCUGUCAUAGAAAUGUUCCAUCUCGCAUGUCAACCCCAAAGCUGAAAUCUGAUAAGAGCUGCGGCAAAAAGUGUUCGAGUGUUUCUAUUUGCGAGAUCUCCAAUUCUCUCCAUUUUUCAAAAAUGUAAAGUCAACACAGUUAAUGAUGGAGUGAAUGAUAAAUGUGAAAGCAUGCUUCAAUUAUCACCCUGCUGGGAAAGGUUGUGAGAUAUACUUAUCUUGCAUACUAGUGAGCGUAUACUUAAUAAAUAAGAGACUGCAGGCAUACUGCACAAAAGAAUUAGCUUUUGCCGUGUCAAUGUCAAAGGGGAAGGUCACCAAGUAAAUGACAGAUAACGUUCACAGGAAAACAUUGAAAUGAUACUUCCUCAAAAGGGAUUUCACAAAUGAGCCUUGCCUGCAGACACCUGCAUAUGGUCAACAGUCUCCCUUUUCAUGAAUUCAGCUGACAUUUUUUCAUAUUUAAUUGAAUCAGGAUAUGGUUCAGAUACAUUCACAAAUGUAUCUCAUUACCCAAAACUACAGUACAAUCAAGCCAUCUUCGGCAUAAAUGUAAGGGCCUGACAACACAUACUGAGAAGUGAGCUCACUUGGCCUUACAUCAAGAUGAUUUCAUUGCACAACAGUCAUUGCGUCACCUUCUCAUGUGGUAAACAAGAAAGAAAACUACUUUCAACACUUAGAAAAGCAAGUAAAACCAAAUUCCACUGAUGAUCAACCACAACAACACCACUACACGGAAAAGUUUAAAGUUUCAUGACUUUCAAGUUGGACAGAAAACUCUGUAACUUGAAGGCCAUCACAAAUGUGCUUGACAGACUUUGUUCUGAUUUUUCCCCUAGGCUAGCAUGCAGUAGCCAGAAAAGUUAUGAGUUCAACUCUGAUUACCAUUAUCAUGCCCCUUGACUUGAGUGAGGCACUUUAACCUGAGUUGCCCUGGGGAGACUGGGCCAUGCAAUAACUGAUAUUUGUAAGUGGUUUUGGAGGUAGGUGAGCAAGUAUAUAUGCGUAAA